AGACUUCGUACUUCCGCUAAAUUUCAUUACGCUUCUGUACUCAGUCUGAGAUACCUCCCAUUCAAACCGUUUUCCUCCGGUCUCAAAACGACCGUCCAAUCCACGAACAGAGGGCGGGCUGAGACCCGUGACGUAGAUCCUAAGCGCCGAAUGUCAGCUUGUAGUUUACGGCGGACAUGGAGACACAGAAAGUUAUUCGCUCUGUUGUGGAAAAUAUUCCUGGCAUUUGCCGACUGAAGACCGAACAAGAACAGUGUUUGUUAAAUAUCCUGAAUGGAGAUGAUGUUGUUGCCCUACUCCCGACAGGUUUUGGGAAAAGUUUAAUUUACCAAAUAUUACCGAUCGUCAGCGAGAAACUGGGGAGGCCAAAGGGCGGCAAGGCGAUAGUUGUGAUCGUGUCCCCCUUGGUUGCUCUCAUGGAGGAUCAGGUAAUUGAGGCAGAAAAACUGGGUCUGCGUGCUGCACAACUUGGCCUGCACAAUGAUAAGGAAAUCAUGGAGGGGAAUUUCAACAUCAUUUUUGGUAGCCCCGAAUCCUGGAUUUUAAAUUCAAAGUGGCGAGCUAUGUUAGCGUCAUCCUUAUACCAAGACAGCCUCGUCGCUGUUGUCGUUGACGAGGCACACGUCGCAUAUAAAUGGGGUGAAGCUUCCAAAGGCGACUCCCCCUUCCGAGAAUGUUUUUCCAGGUUGGGUGAACUAAGGUCUAUCGUAAAAGAAGGGACACCUUUUUUGGCGAUGACUGCUUCAGCAGAUAUGCAGUCCAGACAACGGGUUACCAGAAUUCUCCAUAUGGAUAAGCCUAUCAACAUCACAGCAAGCCCCAACAAGACAAACAUCCGUCUUGGAGUGUGCCAGGUUUCACGGAACAACAUGAGCUGCCUAGACUGGAUUGUUGUGGAAGUUAAAGACAAGGGCACAUCCAUGCAACCAAUUCUAAUUUACUGCCCAACAAUGAAGAUAGUAGGACAGGUUUUCGGAUACCUAAAGGCUGAACUGCAAAGUCAGGCUUGGGUGGAUGGAGAUCCUGAGCAGAAAAUCGACAAUCUGCUCAUUGGAAUGUUCCACAGCAAGACACUACCACAGAACAAAGACAGAGUUCUCUCUUCGUUGAGAGGGGAAGGUAAUUGUCGCGUAGUUGUGGCUACUACAGCACUGGGAAUGGGUCUAAAUUUUCCCAAUGUGUCCCAUAUUGUGAUGUUUGGGGCUCCUGGGGACCUUGAAGCAAUUGUUCAACAGGUUGGCAGGGCCGGAAGGCAUGGUCAACCAGCACAUGCCAUCCUAUACAAUACUGGACAUUAUUAUAAGGUGGACAAAGAUGUGAGGGAACUACUUUCUGUUUUCAACAAGACCUGUAUAAGGAAAUUUCUUUAUGCCCAUUUUGAGACGGAACCCAGCCACGUUGAGCCAGGCCAUCAGUGUUGUACAUUCUGUCAUACUGUCUGUUCUUGUACGUCAGGCACAUGUACUGAACCAACUCCAAAUUACGAACAAAUUACAGACCAACCAGUAUGCGUUAUAUCAAGGCAGGUGAAUGAGAAGGACCGAUCUUUAAUAGCAGAUUUGCUCAAUGAUUACAGAAGUAAUUUAAUAAAUUCUUCCACACAUCUCUACACAUCUCAUGUAGCAUGUACUGGAUUCAGCAUAGAGCUGGUGGAUUCAGUUUUGGCCAAUUGUGAACAUAUUUUUGACCUCUCAUACAUCAUUAAUACUCUACCUGUUUUCCAUUUGGACCAUGCAAUGGAAAUUUUAAAAAUCAUUGCUGAUGUUUUUGGAGAUGUUAGUGUGGAUGUGCAGUCUGACUUGGUUGACAGUUCUAGUGUCCCAGACCUUUACUUCAGCAACUAUUUUGAUGAUGAUGAUGAUGAUGACUUUGUUGAUGAUGCACAAAGAAGCCAUGUCAGUACCUCGGAGUCUGACCAGUAAUUCAUGUAAACAUUGCCUAAUUUUUUAACCCUAUACAUUUGUGUAUAAUACUAUCAUGGAGUAAAGUGGAUAGACUGUCACCAUGACAAUUUUUAAGUUUGAACGUAACUUACCCCUGCACAUUUGUAUAUAGUAUGAUAAUAGAUAUUAAUAGCAUCAUGGCUACCAUUCUUAUUACAUUUUGUGUCUGUUUUACUCAUGUAAAUUUGUAUAUUAUCAGAGAGAAACAUGAAUGCACUGUCACUAAUACACAGAUCACAGUGAAAUGUAUAUUUAUAUGUCUUUUCUCCAAACAGUAUGAUAACAAAUAAAGGUGAAAAUUGUUCUGCACAAAAAUAUUUAUUUUUUUUGUUGUGAUGAUAUUUUAACUGCAUAUAAAAUUAAGUUUAGAAUAACAAAAACACUUAUUCCUCUUUGGGAAAUGCCAUGACAGUUAGUUGUACUACACACAUACAUUAUAUUUACAUCAUAAUUUCUGCCAAUAG